UGUACUUACAUUACAAUUGACGAGAGUCCCAAGGAAUUGAACAAUGUGAUACUGAGCAAACCGGCAUGGAUGUGGGGUGCUGAAAUGGGUGCCAAUGAUAAAAAUGUAGUUAUCGGGAAUGAAGCCGUGUGGACGAGCAACAAUGAAGGUGAAGGCGACGCGCGGCAGAAACGUCUUCUUGGGAUGGAUCUAGUUCGGUUAGGUCUCGAAAGAGGUAGCACCGCUGAAGAAGCGUUAGAUGUCAUCACUUCGUUACUAGAGAAAUAUGGUCAAGGAGGCCCGUGCUCGGAAAACGACGAUAGUCACAUCUAUCACAAUUCCUUCUUAAUAGCCGACUGCAAGGAAGCCUGGGUGCUAGAAACUAGUGGCAAACUGUGGGCAGCUGAGAAGAUCAUUUCAGGAUAUAGAAAUAUAUCUAACGGUCUCACCAUCCGCACUAAGAUUGAUAAGCAUUCUGAAGGUUUGCUUGAAAAAGCAAUGGCUCUGGGUGUUUGGAAUGGCAAAGGAAAAUUUGAUUUUAGCAGCGCAUUUUCUUCAGGUGGUGAUGAAAAACGUCAAAAGGAAGGCGAAAGAUUGUUGAAAGAAAGCACUGAAGUAGGACCCUUCACGGUUCAAGAUAUGUUCAACGUCCUGAGGCAUAAGGACAGUGGCAUUUGCCGUAGCUGCGAUGAUACUUUUCCUACUCAAGGGAGCCAGGUUUCCUCGCUAUCUACAAAUUCAAUAAGCGUGCAUUGGUUCACCGCUACACCGGACCCAAGCAUUUCAUACUUCAAGCCGUUCAUUUUUACACCGAAUGCACAGGUUUCUCCGCUUACCGAGAGUCCGAAAGAGCCUAAAAGAGAACACGCUCUGUACAAACUUCACGGCGAACACAUGGUGAGUGCGAAUAAUGACAAAAUAUCUGAAGUCCUUCGAGAUAUGGAACGUGGUUGCCUCCACGAGAUAGAUGAAUUCAUCCAAAAAUACCAACAAAAUGAGAAGACCAUCGAUGAAAUGGACAACUUGAUGAAUAAAUGCGUGGAAACCGAGGUGAAACUGUACGGUUAAGCUAGUUUUAUAACAUAAGAAUAAUAGUUAUUAUUAUUAAUAUAGUAUUCUUCGAUUUUUGUUAUUAGAUAACACUACUGAACAAAAUAAAAAUAGGUAAAUCUUAGUAAUUUUUCAGCAUGCGUUCAAGGAAGUAUUUGACAUAGUAUUACAAUAAAUACCGACAAGUGAGUGUCGGGCCACGCGCAGUGUAGGGUUCUGUAGAUUUAUCCCUUAUACCUUAUCCCUUAUUUAAUGCUCAAAAAUACCGAUAACGAUACACCACACCGACGAUAAAAAAUAUUUUUUUCAAAUUUUCUUUAUAUCACUUUAUAAUAAGUAAUUAAUAUACAUACCCAUACCAAAUUUCAACUUUCUAGUUUUAACAUACUCAGAGUUAUGAUACUGGCUGAUAUCUGACUUUAUCUUUUUAGUUGACUACGGAACCCUAAUAACCCAACCUGCGGUGACCCUAAAAGAGGUCUUGUCAAGAAUUUUCAAAUAUUUGAUACAGUUAGAAUAUUAUUGGAAAUAUUUUCACUUGAUUCAAUUAAUUUUACAAUUUAAUUGACAGAUUGUAUCACCUUAGGAUUCGCACCACGACAUAUAUAUGGACGAGAGAAAGACUAAGGCUAUGUCCAAAUUUGUACGGAAUCCAAGCCUGGUCUGUGUACAAAGACUAAAAUUAAAGUACAUGAUUUUUUUUUUAUUCUUACAAGUCUUUGACUACAAUCUCACCUGAUGGUAAGUGAUGUCUAAGAUGGAAUCGGGCUAACUUGUUAGGAGUAUUAUUUUGUUUGUUAUUAUUAUCUUAAGCACGAUGGACUUGUAGUCGCACUGAUUUAUUAUUGAUUAUUAAAAUGCAUUCUUGCUUUUACAAAUAUGCAUCAUACAGGCAAGAUACGUUCAUGUUUUGAGAUGCCACGUAAAAUAUGAACCUGUGAAUUUAAAUGUAUAAUUAUUAAUUGAAUUAAAUGAAAAUUCUGACACACAUCUUCAGAGUUUUCUAUACAUAAUAUAUUAUAUUAUAAAUUUAAAUAAAUGAGUCAUGAUACUAUAGAAUGAUAUGAAAUAAAAAUGGAGGUGAAAUCGAAAUUCAAAUUUGCGAUUUACACACAAUUUCUAGUUAAAAAAAAAUUGGCCGUACCAAUUAAAUAGAUAUUUCAAAUAUUUCUAUGUGAUGUCCUAAACCGAUAGGCUGUGUCGAUAAAUCAAUAUCGUUUUACAGUUUGCGUUGUUACUUAAUAUAAGGUCAGAUGGCAGAUAUUAGACAUCGCGUAAUAAGAGCUAAAUUCCAUCGAUCUCCUAUUAAAAAAUGGAUGCACAAUCAGCGACCAAAAAAACGUCCCCACUCAAUGAGUGCCAAAUACAACUACUUGGCACUCAAUUCAAGUAGUCGCAUUUGCAAAUUCAACCUUAAACUCAAUCCUUAAGGUUAAAUUUUCUCUGAAUUUGGGAUUUUAUUGAAUAUUGGACUAUAUUUAAAGGCCUUUAGGUAUAAUUUUUAUACCAAUAAUUCUAAAACUGUCAAAGCAAAAUUGGCCAGUUUUUAAGUGUCAUUUUCUACAUGAUUGUGCGUCCUUUUAUUAUAAGAGGUCAAUGCUAAAUUCGCAGGUGAACUAAAGAGCAAAGAGGAUAGAAGUAUUUUAGUCUUGUCAUUCUAGAGUAGCUCACGAUAAUUUAUCUUGUUAGCACCUUGUUUUAUAUAUUAUUUGAAAUAAUUGACUCACAUCAUGCAAAUUCCAUUAUAUUACAGUAAUCAGGACUUAGAUAGUCAGUAUAGUUUAACUUAAAAUAUAAAUAAUUUAUUCAUGCCUGCCAAAACUGAUAUCGUAUCCAUGUAUUUCUAAAGAAGUAUUAUUAUAUUUUUUUUAAAUCUCAAAUCGUUCCAGUAUUUGCUGAAACCUUACCUCAUGAAUAAUGACAAAAACCUACAUUCAACUUAUCGUCAUUUAAGUUUAUUUUUAAUUAUAGCUUAUAGCUUUUUUUGGUAAUUAUGGUAAGUCUAUUAAAUUGUUUUUGUAAGUUAAUCAUUUACACAAAGCUUAAAUGACAUUCAUAUUAGAUUAAGCAGUAAAUUUAAGGUACUUUACUGUAUUCAUGAAUUAGGCAACAUAUCUGACUUUUUAAUUUACAUACUUGCCGUUUUUUAUAACACAUUCAAAUAACGUUGAAAGUGAAACAAUUAUGUAUACGAUAUGCAUUUGUUGUAUUAAAAUAUGUGGAGCCGUAAUGUUAGAUACCUUUCUGAUAUACUUUGUACAAGUAGGGCGUGUUUAGUGCAAUUUAUUUUAUUUAAUAGACUAAAUAUACAAGAACAAUUAAUAGUUAUGCAAAUUAUUUAUUUUAGUAUAAAACGAGGCCGGCUUUGGCGUGCAUUUUCAAUAAUGCUUGUAGUAGGUUCGCAUACUGUUCGUACAUACUGAAUCGUCUACGUAAAAUGUAUUCGUUGAGAACGGAAGUCAAACUUUAAUAUAGAUAAACAUGACGUAUGUUUAGCUAAGUUAUAUUUAUGCCUUAUUCACUUAUGCCUUACGCACUAUUGCGCUAUAAACAGUGAUUAAGUACUAAUGAAUAAGCAAUAUAAAUAGAGACAGAAAUAUAAUUAAUUUACUUUUGGUUUUAAUUUUAGUUAUUUUUUAUAACUAUAUUGUCUAGAUAAUUACCUAGCAUAGUUAAGUUAGAUUGAUAAUUGUAGAAUUAUACAAUAGUGAAGACUAUAAUAUAAUAUCCAGGAUCCACUUAAUUUGAUAAUUUUCAAAAAAAAAACAUCGUCGUUUCCAAUUAAUUUUCUUUCCCAUUUCAAUAAGACGUUUCAAACUAAAAUGGCAAAUUGUGCGCGGUCCUUCCAAAACACCAGCUUUGUUUUCAAUGCUUCUUCUGUAUUUUCCCUUUCUCAAGUAUAACUAUGGUAAAUAUAUUUUCAAGUAUUUUCAUAAUAAUAAAAUAAAUAAACUCCACGUGAAUUUAGUUGUCAUUUAUUUAUUGAGAGUUGUAGAGUUAUCUCUUUGUGCUACGCACCGUAAUGUUAAGUGUCUAAAAUAAUUAUUGUCUUAUGUAUUAUUCGAUAAAAAUAAUUUAUUUAGUAUAUUCUAGUAGUUCAAGCGUUAAAUAACCAAGAAUACCGGUAAUGGACGAUCAAGAGAAAAAAUGUUUGGUUAAAAAGUAUCUAAUAGUUUUUUGUUUCCAUCGUGCAGGUGCACAGUUGUUUAAAAUUUACACAUGUUCAAAUUGCGUAAUAGUUAUUUAGAAGAAAUUAGUGACUGUGAUAAAAUAGCAGCAUAUUUAGCAACAUUUUUACAUUGUUUCUAAAAGACAUAUACUGAUAGAUAUUACUUAUUGGCCUUUUACCCAUAUAGUUAAAUAUAAUUCCAACAUUCAUACAAUUUGAACUUGAAACUAUUUCACAUUUACAUUAUUAUUUAUUUUCAUUUCAUUUAAUUUGUUUUUUGUUCUAAUUUGAGUGAAUUCCAUAAACCGUUUUCCAAGUCCAAUGAGUGAACCAAAAUCUAAUAAAAAUUAAAUUGUGUUUUAAGCUGAAUACACUAGAUGUUACGUUGUAUAAUUAUAAACUACAUAGUAGAGUAUACACAAUUACAUUAUUUACAAUUAUAACAAUGGUGUUCAUCUUGGAAUUUAAAAAAAAACAAUUAAAAUAUAGGAUUUAUAAUUUUAUCAAUCAGCCAUAUUAUUGAAAUGAUCUUUCGUUUUCACGUUUUCUAUGCUUAGAGCUUAACUUAGCAAACGAUAUUUCGCUAAAUUCGCCUAAAAUUAUUCGAUUUGUGCUUUAUGUUAUAUUAAACUAUGUUGUUUAUAUUUCUUUUAUUUAUAAUCUGAAUUUCUAUAUAUUUGGGCGUAAAUACCAAGGUGUUAAAAGUUGUUUACUUACUUGUGCUGUAACAUUUUUUUCAGGUGCUAAUAAUAACGGUUCUUGAUAGUAGUUUUAUAAUUGUAAAUUUAUUACUAUUUAUAAACGUAUUGUCAUACAAGUGUGCAAUAAUUUGUUACUCUAUUUACCACGUUUAUAAGAUAAAUAACAUUACGUUAUAAUAUUAAGAAUGGACUUUUAUUGGCACUGCGUUUGUUAAAUUAUAUCAGAGGAGUCUACUUUGAAUAAAUUUUGUGUUAAAUUAUGUAUUUUCAUACCGAUUUAUUUUUAAGUUUGAUUGAUCUGGUUUUUGGGAUUUUAUAACUAGCGAGUUGUAGUUUAAAUUAUUGUUCAGUGUCGUUAACGUGCCUUAUGGUUAUAAUAUAGCAAUUAUAUUAAACUCAUGUCACACCAAGAUGUCUGAUAUGUUGACGCAGUAUAGUAAAUUGUUUGUUUUAUACAUAUGCAAAUUCUAAUAUUCUUUCGUUUUUUAUAAUACAUCAAUAUGAUCAAUAACAUAAUCGAUUAAAUCGAAAUCGAAUAUUAGAAUUCAAAUAGACACUGACUCAGUGACAAAUGUGUCGCUUACUAUAAAAUGCGUCUAAACGCCUUGAGAGAUCCUAUAACAGUUAUAGUGAAUUAAUUAGAUGCUCAAAAAUUUUACAUUUUACAUACAUUAUUAACAAAAUCAUAAAUGGCAGCGAAGUGUGGCAUGGGUCUAAAUAGUUCUAUUAGCUGAGAACAUUAAUUAAAGCAAUACUACGUAAUUUGAUUAGUAUUUGUAAACGUUAAAAAUAAUGAAUUUUACGUAUAAAUGAUCUUUAUUGUUCUAUCAAAUUUGGCCUUUAUACCUAUGUAAGGAAUUAAAUAUUUUGUUAUUUUUUAUACAUUUUUUAUUCGAAUUCAAUAUAAUAUUUAAUUGGCAUAAAUUAAUACAUUCAUUAUUAUAUUACCUAGUGUUAGUUGUUAAUGAUAAUAUGCGCAAUAAAUAUAGCCUAACGAA